AUGGUGCAAAAGCUAAUUACAGUGUUCGCUCUGCUGAGCUCGAGCUCGCUGCUCUUAAUACAAGCAGCUCCUUUUCAUGGACAUGGCCAUGGUCAUGGUGGCGCCACUAGUCAUGCCUCAUUCCAAAUAACUUCACACGAUAGUGGACACCAUGAGCACCAUUAUGAUCAUCAUGAACACCAUGAUGAGCACCACGCUCCAGCUGAGUACAACUUCAAAUACGGCGUCAAGGAUGAGAAGACUGGCGAUGUAAAGGAGGCGAGCGAAUAUAGCGAUGGCCACAAGGUCACUGGACACUACGAGCUAAUCGAUGCCGAUGGACACAAGCGCACCGUGCACUAUACGGCGGAUAAGCACAAGGGAUUCGAAGCUCAGGUGCAUCGCGAGAAACUGCAUCAUUAUGUGCCCGAGCAUCAUGGCCAUGGCGGCUACGAUGGCGGCAAAGUGGAGUUCGAGCAGCAUUCCAGCUCCGGCGGACAUGGUGGUCAUGACGAAUAUCACUCGCAUCAUGGCGGUCAUGGCUCCAGCUCCAGCAGCUUUUCUAUCAAACAGGAGCAUGGUCAUGGUCAUGACCAUGAUCUUGGACACGAGCACGCUCACAUUGCCUACGAGCAUGAUGCGGGUCAUGAGCUGGGCCAUGAGCUGGGCGCUCAUGAAGUGGAGUAUGAACACGCCUAUGCGGAGCAUGAUGAGCAUAGCUACCAUUAA